GCCACGGCCGUCUGCCGACAGUGAUGUCUACUUCUCUCCUUCGUCUCAGGGUGCAGCCUGCUGAGUGGCCUGUGGCCAACCCGGGGGCCAGGCGGACCCCUCCCCACAGGCUGCGGGGGAGAUGCCCAUGUGAGCUGGUCUGGCUCCGUGCCCGCAAGCGCCCCAUCCCCUACUACCGGCCCAGCCCCUCCUCCUCCUCCAGCUGCCUGAGCAGCGACUACUCCAGCCGGAGCCACAGCCGCAGCCACAGCCCGGGCCACAGCCACGGAAGCUACAGCAGCCGCAGCCGGACCCGCAGCCGCACGCGCAGCCCCUCCCGGACCCCCAGCCCCAGCUACCACAGCCGGAGCAGCUCUGAGAGUGGGGGCCUCUGAGCCUAGAGGGACCCAGCCUGAUCCCCCGCCCCCGCCGGGGUGGGGAGGUGAUGUCCCAGGACUCGAAGGGCGAGGGGGCUGUGUCCUCCCACCCCUACUGCUACAGAGAUCCUGGGGCCAGCGCGGGCAGGGGGCACCCAGGAAGACCCUGAGGGUGGGUGCCCGCCCAGCGGACAAAAGGAGGAGGAGCCAGCCUGAGCUGCCCACCCCACCUCCCGGCCCACACACCGCAUCCAGGGAACAAAGAGCCGUGUGAACACAGGCCUCGCCUGCCCCUUACCGCUUGACGCCAGCUUCCCAGGCUGCGGCCUGCCGUGUCACUCACAGCUCAGCAUCCCCAGGCACACCUCGGAAGGUGCCAGACCUGGGGGCCCCUCCCACUCCACUGGCCCCUCCCCUCCUCUCUGCCACCGGGCCAUGAGGAGCUGGACACCAAGCAGGAGCUAUGCUAGACACAGGCAGAGCUGCCUGGCUUUGGCGCCCCUCCUCCAGGCCGGCUAAAGGAGGACCCCGGCUCAGGGCCGGCGGCUGGGCCUACAGCUUCCCCGAGCCCUGGUCCUGGCCUGGGCCCAGAAGUACCUGGACUGGGUAGCCCCAAAGUCCCAGCCUGAAGGUCAGCCUCACCCCUUGGCCUGGGCCAAGGCCACACCAGCCAGGCUUUCUGCAUGACAAAAGGCCCGGGGAGGGGGGUACAGGCCACAGCUGCACCUGACCCUGAGGUCAAAAGGGGUCAGGAGGUGGAAGAGGAAGGGGUGGAAAUGCAACGCAGGUGCCCAAAGGGAUGAGCGAACAGGCCAUGGGAGCUGAUGGGGCGGGAACCAGGUCAGCGCGUCCCGGCCCCAGGACAGCUCAGGGCCACAGGCACAGGAGAACGUGCGCUUUGGGGCCUGGUCAGCCAGGGAGCCCCAGAUCAGAGGAGGGAGGGCAGGAUCUGGGCCCUGGCCCUGGCCCUGGCCCUGGCCUUGGCCUGGGGCUCUGGGGGGAAGUAGCAGCUCCGGUCCUCCUCUGUGGCUCCCAGCCCCCUCCUCCUGGGGCCCUCAGGGAUCUCACAAAGUCUUCCUUGGCCCAACAGGGCAGAUGCCCUGGGCUCAGUGGGGGGAGGGGUCUGGGGUCUGGCCGGGUUUCCCCUCUCUCCAUUUCCCCUCCCUCUUUCUCCGCGGUGCGGAUAAAAAUUGGACUCCAAUAAAACACUUGGUGCCCGGA